CUGUAGUGUGUAGUCUAGUCACGUCAGUAAUGUCAAAUAGCUCUAUCCAUCACGUCAUGUUGUCGCUUUUGCGAGCGUGUUACGUGUUUUAAUGAAAAAAUAAAGUUAUUGAUUAAUGUAGCAUUUAAUGGUUGGUUAUAAAAAUGGCUACAUUAAUUCAAUCAUACGAGCAGCAGUACUCAGUACUUACUGCAGACAUUACCGCUAAAAUAGGACGCCUAAAGUCGGGCAAUGAAGACAAUCGUGACCAGUUAACACGAGAAAUUCAAGCAAAUUUUGAGGAAGCAAAUGAUUUGUUGGAACAAUUGGAGCUGGAGUCUCGAGGCGCGGGCGCAGGGUCGCGCGUGGCGGCCUACCGCGCCGAGCUGCAGCGCGUCAGAGAUGAAUACCGCUCGGUUGUGAACAGUGGGGGACAGCAAUAUAACGCAGACAACGACGAAGUCUACGACGACUGGAGCGGCGCUCAAGAGCAGCACCGCAAGCUGCUCGACAACACGGAGCGUCUCGAGCGAACAGGCCGAGCGCUGACUGACGGCUACCGCGUGGUGCUGGAGACUGAACAGAUCGGCGCCGCCGUGCUGCAGGACCUCAAUCUACAGCGAGAGACGAUACAGAGGUCUAGGGGCAGGCUCCGCGAAACAGACGAGCAACUGAACCGUUCCACCCGUCUCAUGAACACGAUGAUAAUGCGCGCUCUGCAGGAUCGGUUCAUCCUCAUCAUGGUCUUCCUAGUCCUCGGCAUACUGCUGUGUGUCGGCGUCUACUUCUAUGUCACCUAGCCCUCUACUCACUGUAUCUAUCGGACGAGAGAAUUGUGCGUUGUUACUGAUGCUAUUCGCGACUUGUAGCUUCUCGUCAAACUUUUUGGCGGCCCGCGUAAAUACACAUGAUGACAGGAUUAAAAAAUAAUGAUUCUAAUUUAACUAGGCCACAUUUUAGACUGGCUAAAAAUAUUUGACACAUAUUUUUUAUUAAAAAAAAAACUUUUAAUAUUAAUUAAGAUAUAAAAUUGAGAGUGGGCUCCUCGUCACGUCUGUUUGAAAUUUGUACUCAAACGUGGCGUAGCACAAAAUUUUAUCUUCAUUGUUUUUUUGUUAGUGAGUGAGAGAAAAUAAAAAAUACGUGUGCAUUAUUUUAGGGUUAUCUAAAAGAUGGACUAAUUACUUUUUUUCAGUCAUCAUGUCUAUUUCUGAGCACAAGUUCGCACGUGUCAGGUACGCCAUCCACUGAUUUCCAAAAGCGGCGGUCAAAAAUUUUGGUGAGAACUUUAACUUAAAAUGUAUGUAAUUGUAAUUAUAUAGUAAUUGUUGAAGGUUUAACGUUGUAUAUAAUCAUCAUUAUUGUAGUAGAGCGUUUGAAUUUGACUGUAUCCAAUGCGAUUAUAUAUCUACCAUCAUAGGCCAUCUCCCAAGCGCUGGUAUAUAGAUUUUGGAUGCAUUUGAAGUGAAAAUGUAGAGUAUCUUGAUUUUUGUAUCGCAAUAUGUAUCAAAAUAACAAAUUAUAUAAAAAAACUAAGAAUUAUUAUUUGACUACAGUACAUGAAAUAAUUUAUUAUUGGCCUACCUGUUUGGCUGUUAAAAUCAUCAAUCAUGUGUAACUCCAAGUAGAUUAUAAUGAACUAAAGUAUAUUUUUCCAUUCAUUACAAUAAUAUCACUUGAUUAUAGGUCACAAUAAUCUUAAAUCACUAUUCUACUAACAGCUUACUUAAAAUCACAAUACAUUUAUAACGACAGUUUGCUGUAUUGAAAUAGCAAUAACGUUUCAAAUAUAUUUAAUAACGUAACGGUGGGUUGCACCAUUUAACUAUAACGAUAGCCAUUUAAAGUUGUUGACUCUCCGAUUUCACCAAUGCGUUUAUGGUUUGGUUAAUGCUACAGUUAAGUUGCGAAAUUCACCCUUAAUAGCUUUGGGCUAGGAAAAGGCUUGUAAUUUUUCCUACAAAUAGUAAUAAAUCCCUUAUUAGUUCUUUAAACUAUAUCUAAAAGCUUUAGCUGUUACCUACUGUGGUUGUCUCGAGCAUUUAACACAUUCCCGCAUGUCUAGUUAUAAGGCUCCCUCUUAAUAUUAAUCUUUAUCAUAACACUGUAUUAUAAAAGUAUAUAGCUUGAGAGAGAGAUAAUUAUAUUACAAAAAAAGUUAUAUGAAUCAUUCAAUCUAUUAUUAAUAUUAACAAAAGAUACACAUACUUCACAACUUUUGCCAUUUCUCACACACACCAGUUUAAAUACUAAAAUCAUAAUAACGUUCGCCUCUAUGAUUCUCAAAAAGACAUAAUUUGUGAAUAAUCAUGUAAAUGAGACUGUUAAUAGUAAAUAAAUGUAGAUAGACAAAUAUUUAUUGUAAUCGUAAGUAUAUCUUGAAGCAGUGACGUUUGAAAUGUAUUAAAUGUUUUCAUGAAACUUA